CAGCCCCGGCAGCGCCGCCGCCUCCCGCCGCCUCCCUCAGCCCCGCGCGGCUGCGGACGGCUUCGCUCGGCCCCGCACCGCACCUCCCCGCACCUCUCCGCGCUAUGUGCGCCGGUGCUGCCGUGCCUUCUCGCGGCCGCUUCCCUCCCGGUGGGGCGCUCCCGGCCCCUCUCUGAGCGCGGCGGGGCAGGGCGAGCGGAGCGGUGCCGUGCCCAGACGUGCCGUGCCCGGACGUGCCGUGCCGUGCCGUACCGCGCGGCGCGGAGCGGAGCGAAGGGAGCGCGGCGCCAUGCGAGGCCCGGGGCCGGCGCUGGCGCUGGGGCUGCUGCUGGGCGCGGCGUGGCUGGUGUGCGGGCAGAACGAGACGGAGCCCAUCGUGCUGGAGGGGAAGUGCCUCGUGGUGUGCGACUCCAACCCCACGUCCGAUCCCACCGGCACCGCGCUCGGCAUCUCCGUGCGCUCCGGCAGCGCCAAGGUCGCCUUCUCCGCCAUCCGCAGCACCAACCACGAGCCCUCCGAGAUGAGCAACCGCACCAUGAUCAUCUACUUCGACCAGGUACUAGUGAACAUCGGCAGCAACUUCGACUCGGAGAGGAGCACGUUCAUAGCGCCAAGGAAAGGAAUUUACAGUUUUAAUUUUCACGUGGUGAAAGUGUACAACAGGCAAACCAUCCAGGUGAGUUUGAUGCUAAAUGGGUGGCCAGUGAUUUCUGCCUUUGCAGGAGACCAAGAUGUGACCCGAGAAGCUGCCAGCAACGGAGUGCUGAUACAGAUGGAGAAAGGAGACAGAGCUUAUCUAAAACUGGAGAGAGGGAACCUGAUGGGGGGCUGGAAGUACUCGACAUUCUCUGGAUUUCUGGUGUUCCCGCUUUAAACCACAUCUCAUCUGAGAGAAGGGAGAGCUGCAAGUCAGAGAAUCUCCUACAAGUUCCCCAGCCCCAGCUGGGUGUACGGAGCUGUGGACAGCGGACUUUUUACGUGCAAAUAUUUAAGAAGCUAAAUCCUGCUUAGGUUGUGUACAUCGCUUUGAAGAAUUACUCCUUAUUUCCGUUGUGUUGCAGCCAACAGGCAGGAGACACUAUAAUUGAUCACAGCCCCAUUUCUAUUCCUCUCUCCUCCCACAGAAUUAGUUCCCAUCUCUGUGUCACUGUGUAAUCGGCCAUCGUUCCCCAUGGUUUCUGCCUCGCACAAGUAGACUUUAGGUAUUCCCAUUGUCCUUUACAGCAUAUUUUGUAGUUUUGUUUUUAAAACAUGUUAAUCUCGACUCUUUUCUCUGAGUUUUAACUUAAAAAAAACCAACCCACACAACAAAACAAAAGUGCAAAGUAUUUUUGAAUACGUGGAUGCCGCGGUGGAAGAGCAGAUGCCGCUCUGGCUGUGUGCGGGCUGAAGGAGACGUUUCUACAUGAAGAACUGUUUGCAGCGAGGGCUGACCGCAGUAUUUCAGUAUUUCUAUGUAAUUCUGAGUGAUUGUGAAAUUUAAGGCUGCUAAAUGUUUUGACGCUUGUUUUGCUCUUGUAAAAUGUGGCCCAACUAAACGCCAGGAAGUAUAUUGAACUUUUACUAUUACUCUGUAAUAUAUGUGUGAAUAUUGAAAAUUAAUUUUUGCUUUAAUUCAAUAAAGUUUAAAUGGGACUUUUAUUUUUCUUAACCCGCACUGAGGUUCCUCACUGCAGGCGGCGGCGCGGCCCCGGGCAGGGGCUCCUGGAUCGCAGUAUCGAUGCGUCUGUCUGUACUCCAGCCUAUAAAGCGCAGCACAUUUUGUACGGCCGUCUGAAGCGGCUUUACGACGUGUUUAUCCUUCGAUGCUAGCAGCAUUUAUUCGCCAGUAUUAUUUUGUUUACGAUCUUUUAAAGGUGGAAAUGCUAUAAUUUUGCAGCGCUCGGACAGAUAACUACUUUUAUUAAAAGGUGCGGACGAGGAUUUCGGUUGGAACGAAACGCGAAGACGAGUUGAAGCGGGGCGAGGAGCGCGCGGCGGCGGGGCGGCUCUGUGCCCACGCCCGGGGCCGCUGGUUCGGGUCCCGCCGAAGCUCAGGGCGAGGAGGGAAGGCGGCCCCGGCCCCGCUACCCGCCCUCGGGAGCUCAGCGGGAGCCCGCAGCCGCGCGACUGGGAAACUACUGCGAGGUCUGCGAGGAAGGGCUGAUAACGACGGCAGUCGUGCUGCCUUCUCCCGGAGCUGCGCCGCAGCCCCGCACAGAGCCGUCAUUGCUUCCCCCGAGCGCGGCAGCACAGCGCGGUGUCCCGCGGCCGGGCCGAAGCCGCAGAGCCACUGGGCUGCAGAAAACCGUCUGAGGGCCGCAGAUACGAGAGCAGAGACCACUUUCUGAGGCCAUUCUGUAGGCAAGUUUGUACUAGAACCACUAGGGGAGGGAAAUCAUAAUAUGGCUGAACAGACCUUCAUUUAGACAGUGGAUUUCUGGAAUCACAAAGCUUCAUCAAAAAUAUUGUGCAGCUUUUAAACUGCAACAAGAAUUAUGAUGUUCUUCCUAGUUGACUGUGGGAGCAUGCAGAGCUAUCCCUGAAGGAAGCCAAUAAAUAUUACAUGUAAAAAGAAGAUAUGUGCACUAAUAGAUGCUGGUGGUGCAGUGCCUUAGCAUUUUCCUGAGAAGGUAUCUCAGAAAGGAAUGGACUUGGAUGUGUUCAGGAGGAAGAGAACACAGCAGGUGUACUUGGUUUUGGAUUCUGAGGACAGCUGCCCUUAUAAUCCUUGACUGUGUAAUGGAGAAGCCAAAUAGCGGACAUGAGCAUCUAAAAAAGACACAUGUCAUGGAUGAAAAGGAGAUUCAAUGAAUAUUUAAAAAAAAAAAUCAAGCUGUCACUGAAGGAUGGUAAUGUCUUCUGGCUUUCUUCCAGAGAUCUGCAAUUAAAGCCCUUGUGUAAAUCCUACAUGAGUGAGGGUCUGAGGGAGCAGGGGCUAAAUGCUUCUUAAUGAACUGGGACGAAGCAUUCUAUGAAGUACUUAGGAGAUCCAAAAUAACCAUUUCUCAAGUAACAACAUCAAAGUUGUCCCAGCCUGAAAAGACAGACCAACAUUCAGGUAAGUAUUUGAUAUCUCUAUGUUCUACUCAGUAAGAAUUGUAGAAAUUCAGCAUUACUUAAAAUACUGCUGUUAAUUUUAGGAAGUAAUACAGCAGGUCAGUGUAUGUGAAGAAGAUUAGUAAUGAAAAUUAACCUCCUGGUAUUUCUGUUAGUGGAAGUCAGGGAUGCUCAGAAUUCUGAGAAUGUGGCCUCACUGCCACAGUGCAACACAUAAAUAGUGAUGACAGAAGCACUCGAAUAUGGAUUUUGGGGAAAAAAGUUCAGUUAAUUUUUUUUUUUAGCACAUGAACAGUAAGGUGGCUUUGUCAGUGGCUUACAUUUUCACUGAAAAGUAUAUUCCAGGGAUUUGAUGAAUUAGCUAGAAAUAUAAUGUUCAAGGAAGAAAAAAAAAACCACCACCACAAAUCAACAAAUAAAAUAUGCUGCUUUUCUGAUGAAAGACCUUGGUUGCUAGGAAGAGUGUAUUCAAGUGUUUCCUUUUGUUUUGCUGAGAUUUUCAUCAGUGUGGUGUAGGUGGCCAACACUGCCCUUUAAAUAAUGUUUUCUUAAGUAGCGAAGCUAUAAUUCAAUGAAGAAAUUGCAGUAAUCACAUUUGCUCAAAAACUGAGAAUUGUGGCCUCUCUAAUUAAAAUGGCAUCUUUCAAACAUAAAUCUACUGGCUAAUACAUUUUAAUAUGUUUUCAUAAUUACAGAUAUUUGAAAUCAACUUGAUAUUGAAAAGAGAAAAUGCUGAUCCUGCAUGCAGGAAGUGUAUCAAACCCACUUGAAUCUUUUUUUUUUCCUCUCCUGAUGUCCAGUGUAGUUUGGUGGAAGUGUUGGCAAGUUCCUAACCAUACAGUUGAUGAUGCUUUCCAGGGAGGGGGAUAUAUUAAGCAAUUGCUUGAGUCAGGAAAUGCCUCUUCAUCCUUCAUCUGCCUCUCACAGGUUGGACUUGGAAGAAGGCCCUGUCCUGCCCUCAUCUUGGCGUUGUUUGCAUGCUGUUCAGCUUACUCAUGACCAUUCUGUCAGCACAGUAAGAAACCCUGCCCAUGUGCUGUUUGCUACCAUGGCUGUAGGAGCACUAUGAAAGACAAAUAAAUGCCACUUUCUAAUUUCAGAAAAAGAGAAGACUCGAGGCUACUUUCAUGCUUGGGGCUUGUCUUUUUGCUGUCAAAAAUGUUUCUUGUUCUGCAAGAAAAUAAAUGACUUCAAACACAGCUCUUUCUUAUGCAGCUGUUAUGCAGAUAAAGGUGGGUUUGUAAACUGUGAGUGUAUGUAAACUGUGAGUGUAUCUGUCUAUGUAAGAACUGAAAGGUUCAAAUAGGCAUUUAGGCUGUUUGGUGCCCUAUGUGCUUCUGGUGUGUGUAGCAUAAAACUGGGAACAGGGAAUGUAGUAAAUAUCCUGCAGUCUCCAGAGGCACCCUGGAAUUUGUGGUUGAGCAUUUGCCCUUGUCUCCUUUCCUGUUAUUGUGUAUCUGUCAUUCAGAGUUACAGAUGUUGAGGUGGAGUAGAGAAUGACAUAGCAUUUGGUAAUCAGAAUGAAGGGAGAAACAAAAGAAAAGGCCAGUAAUGCAAGGCAGCUAUUAAGAGUUAAGUUAUGUAAUUUGUCAAAAGUGGACCUUCAAUGGUAGAGGCAGCAUUUUACCUUAGUGCAGCAAUAUUCCCUUAGUGACUCCAGUGCGGUCUUGGUAGCUUUUGGCUAACAAACUUGGAGAAUUUCAUGUUUGUGGUAUGAACUACGCAUAAUAAAACCAAACAGUAUAGUGAAUUAGUAACUCUUGAGUGGGGUCAGAAAUCCCUGUAAGGCUGGGAUUGGCAGAAUCUAAGGGUUGGAACUGUUUGUGUUAGAGCUAUGGCUUGCUUGUGAAGCUAGCGUUGUAGGUCAGUCACAGCCAGAAGAGUAAAGCUCUACAGCAGACUGAGCUCAGUAACAAAGUACUACAGCUCAAGGAUCAGUGUCCCAGUUCAUGCUGAUGGUAAUAGAAAAAUAUCUACUGACUUCCUUUGGAGUUCGAGCUGCCUGUGAAAGGAAGCAUGUAAGAAUUUAGCCCAGUGCUUGCUGCCCAUCUUUAUUUGCUCAUCCUACCCAGCCUCAUUCACUUAAUUACCAACAUAAUUUAAUUUAAAGCUAUAAUAUAUUCCAAUUCAAUUGUACUGCAGUUCAGCUGUAUUUCAAAUGCUGUGUUUUAAUUCAAAAUAUGAACUAAAGAAAUAAAAUGUCAACCAAUAGAGUGGCAACCUUCUAAAGGGGAAUGCCAUUUCAGUUAAAUUUUCAGAGUGGUGAAUGCUAAGUUGGGUAUUUUCGAUAUCAUAGUAGCUUGUCAAUGAAAGCAUGCAUGCCUUAAUGUUUCUUGACUAGCUUUUGUUAGUGCAACAGGAGUCCCAGAAUUUGGCAGAACAGUUACUCAGCUGUAGAGAUGAUAGUCUUGUAGAAUAAACACUGUAGAAAUUUGCCCCGAGUCCAAAGAAAAUGAUCUUUGCCUGAGAUCCUAGGCAUCUUGAUUCUUAGCCAGCACAAUUUACCACUGAAACCAGGCUAAAUGUGCCUCUUUCUUUAGUAUCUCCUUGAAGGAAUAUGUAUGUAUGCAAACAAACCUGUGCAUCUGGCAACCUUACACCUUGCUGAAGGCAGAUCUGUGGUAGGAGGCUUCCUCAUGGCUGUGGUUUUCAUGAGGAGAUUAUUUUCUUGCUGCAACAGCUGUAGAUAACCUGAACAUCAUUCUUUUUCAUUGUCUUAGGUCAACUCGAUCUGUGGUUGAGUUUAGAAUCCCCAAAUGGCGAUUAUGUGAUAGGUACAAGACGAAGAUUUUAAAGCUAUAUUAAUGUCAUUUCUUAAGGGUCUUUGUCACUUUUCAGCAUCAGUCUAUUGUGAACCAUGCAGAGAAGGAACAGAAUCUACCACAGCCUGUGAGUAGUAAGAAAUUUCAAGUGGAUGACUGUGUAAGAGGUUUGUGACACUGCAAGUAAUUUUUUUUUAUAUUCAGAGUUAAAUAGAGCAAUAAGAUGGAAUUUAAGCUUUAGUGCAAUGGAUUGAGGCUCUUCAGUCAAUCAAAUUAUAGUUCAAUCAGUUCAUUUUAAUCACUUCUCUAGAGAGAAGUAAACUCCUAUGUUGAAGAAUAUGCAGCCAUUUUAUUGACGGAAAGUUUAAUUGUUUUCAUUUUUCCUUACUGUCUGUAACACACUAGACUUUUAAUCAGUGGGAACUGAAGUUAUAAUGAAGUAAAGUCCACUUUCCACAGUUCACAACUAGCUGAAAAUAAUUGGGUUGAGACUCCCAUCCAGACAGUGUAAUGCCUCUGGCAUUUUCCUGAAAACUACACUUAAUUGCUUUGCUGAUGUUGUUAAGUGGUCCUGAGGGGGAUGAAGUAGUAAAGCUGCCCACAUAUGCAGAGAAACAAUACACAAAAAAAAUGUCUUACAAGGUCCUUAAAGGAGGACCAACUGGUGACUAAAAGAAAAUAUACGGCCCUUUUUUCUUUCUUUUUUUACACCAGGGAGAAUACAGGCUGAUAAAAUAAACCAUGGAAAUUCUAUGUAUGUUAACAGUAUUUUUACUUAAAAAGAGAAAGCUUGGGACUUCAAGUACAGAAAACACAAAGUGAAUUGCAGGUUUGAUUGCAAGAGUUGACAUUUUUACACUGAAUGCCAGUAAGUGUGUUUCAGCAUCUCGAGCUGAGCAACAGUCUGUUUGUCCCUACAGAGGGAGGACAGCUUGCUUGCUGUGCUGCAGUGUGGUGGGAUAUGAGCCAGCUAUGAGCUGAAAGCCUUGUCCAGGCAUCAGUGGGACCAGCAAGGGUACUGGAAUAGACUCUGAAAAGGGCCAGAGAAAGAAUAAUGCUUUGGAAAUGUUCCUAAUUUAGUGUAGUCACAGGGAAACACUCCUCAGCUGACUGGCGUUUGAGGCCUAAAAUGAUGAAUGAACUGCUAGACUCUGGCACAUCCCAGUGGAGAAGUAUGUUACUAUUUAAUAGAGAAAAAUACUUAUUUAGGACAAGCGAAUUAAGUAGCGGGAGAAGGGAGUUCAGUUGUGCUAAUUUAGUUUUGUGCAGAUGUUUAGUUUUUUAUAAAUGAAUUGUUUGUUUAUUUAUAUAUGAUGGCACAGCAUUCUGUCAACAGCCUGGCCUUCCUGACUUGGUGUCUGUGUAAAUUUCAGUAUUGCCUUUGCUUAUUUUAUUGUUGCUCUGAUAGGCUCUGAGCUGAGCAACUGCUCCCUUGAGAAUGUAAACAAAAUUUGGGCAGUGAAGGCUAAAGCAAAAAUCUCAAUUACCCCUUCUAAGCCCACAUAUGAGUUAGAGGGGUGAGGGAUUUUUUUGUCAACCUCUUAUUUGGUACUUGAGAUUCUGGCCUGCAAAGCCAGAAGCCUUUUUCCACUAAGAUAUCCUUAAGUCUUGGCAGGGCUAGAAUACUUGAGUAUCUAGCCCUGUCUUAACUUGACUCAGUGCCACAAGAGGCUUUAAUACCUAGGUUUCCUAUAACAAAAUAGUAACCUUCCAUACACCAUGAAACCGCAAGCCAUAUGCCAAGGAUCUCAAACUGUCAGGUUGGAGACUAGCCCUGGGAAUAGCCUGUUGUGUCUAAUUGAGUCUGUUUGCUGCCUCUGGGAGAACAGCUCAAUAGCAGCAGCAGUUAUGCUCUGCUGUUUGUGGGGUCCCAUUGUGAGGUGAGGAACAGGGUAUGGAAUGGUUGAAGCAAAGGACGCCUAUGUUUUGAAAAGCCAGAAGACUUACCUUGGUUCUUGCAGUCCUUUAGAAUCGGUAAGAAUAUAAAACCCCAAGCUAAGUCUUCAUUUGCCUGUUUCUCUGAUAACUGCUCACAUGGAAAGAUGUGAUUUUCAUGGUUGUCAUCAAAGCCUGUGUACUCAGUUGUGGAAACAUGUCAGACACCAUAUGUCAGUAAUACGCCUUUGAAAUGGUGGUGUCUGAAUAAUUUUUUGACUAGCUGAAUGGCAUGUGUUUAAAUAUAAAAGCUGUUCUGUGUUUGUACUGUCUGUAUUCUCUAUGUUUUCUCUUUGUUAAAACUGAUUGAAACUCAGGAAAAUUCUGGGGUUCAUCCAUUUUUAGAGAAAUACAGUGUUUAGGUUACUUCUACUUGUGGCCCGUAUGUUCUCUCUUAAUCCAUGACAAAGGCAUUUAAAAGAAUUUUUGAUCUUUCUAUAACCAAAACAGAUGGUUCCAGGUUAGAUAAAAUGUGAUUUGACUAUAAGUGUUAAGUGAAAGACUGUGGUGGUGUUGGGCACGUUUUGUUACAUGUAGAUUUACUUCCAAGUAGUGCAUGUAAGAGUAGUGCACUCAAUAAUGAUGACAGUAAGUUGGUUUUAUCCAGAAACUCUUCUGAUGCAGUUAAAGAAUGUGCAGUGUAAUUAAUGACUUAAUAAAGAAAUGAAAUAAUGUGUUUGUUAGGCUAUUUAUUAUACAUGGAUGAAGCUGAAGAACUAUUGUCACAACAAAGGCAUCCAAAAGCAGUUAUUACAACUCAUCAAUCAAAUAAGCCACUGGAGUACCAUUCACAGUGCUAUAACCAGCCUAAAAGGCACAGUUUGAUCUGAAGUAAUGAACAGUUUCUUACCAUUACAGGAGAAUGACGAGAGACAUUAUGAACCAACUGGGAAUACCUGGAGAGAGUAGAGCUGAGUUUCUUAGUGCUGAAGUGGAAAGGAGCUUAUAAAAUGUUACAAAAGGGGUGACAGUGUUUACUACAAGCUUAGCAGCAUGAUGACAGGAAGAGGCUAUUGAAAGAAGCCACCGCAACAGAAAAUUGCAUACAUCUUCAGAAAAUGCUUUGUUUAAGCACAUGCUCAUGCUCUCACCACUGCCUCCUGAAUGCCAUUUUUUGCCUCGUGGUAGCAGCAGGUGACAAAUGUCAACUCUUGGUGUACUUACCCCAGGCUCACCUUAGUAUGCUAUCUGUGUGGUUGUGCCCUGCCCAAAGAAAAACACCAUCACCUAUGAGAAAAUAAAAUUUGAUGCAAAGCAGUCACAAAGCUUUCUACAGGCAUUCUGGCAGCACAGAAUCAGAGCUUUUCAUAGGCGUAGCUUACAAACAAACAAACAAUACUAAAUACCACCAGCAACAAAUAAAAUCAUAAACGGUUUUGUGUGGUGUUGGUGCCACCAACCUCUUCAGCCAAAAAUAAAUUAAAAAAAAAAAAAAAAAACAAAAAAAAAACUUUAAACCUGAUACCU